AUGAACAUCGUUGGACACUUUGAUCGAGACAAGGAAAGGGCUUUGACAGGUGUAGAUUUGAGCAGAAAAGGAUCAAUUGACGCUAGAAUCCAGUCGUUAGUCUCAGUCUUGAAUACGUCAACCGAUUUCUUUACGACGAGUUCCUGUUCUGGAAGAAUUAUCAUUUUUGAUGAUGAUAAUAAAGACAGAAGUAAGUCUGUUAAGAAGAAAGGUUGUCAAUGGUUGUACACAACACAUGAUGAAGCAGUUUAUGAUGCAGCUUUGGAGAGCCUUCAGAACUUGACAGGAGACUCAGUGUUAAAGUUUGAACCAUUUGUUUUACAUGUACAGUGCAGAUCCCUUAGUAAUGCACAGUCAAUGUUAAGUUGUGCAGUGGCAUCAGGAUUUAGGAACUCAGGUAUAAGUAUUGGAAACAAAGGAAAGAUAAUUGUGGCUGUGAGAAGUACACAUGGGCUAGAGGUCCCUCUCUCUCAAGAUGGAGAGCUACUUGUUACAAACACGUACAUAGAAAGGCUUAUAGAAAUUGCCAACACAAAGAUCCAAGAAAAUUUCUUAAGAAUUGACAGAUUCUACAAGAAUGUCAGUAUAUUGAUAGAAACAUUAAAACAUGAUCCUAUAAGUGGCAACAUAGUAAAUAAACCGAAUGUGGUUAAAAAGAAAAAGAAGUGUGAGAAAAUUGAAGGCAGGCAUCAUGCUGAUCAUUCUGUAAAGGAGAAUUCACAGUCUAAAGAGCCAAGUGAAAUUAUCUGUGAAGAUUUGUCACAAUGUUCACUCUUUGAAAGUGUGACUUGAGAAAAAAAAGUUUCAUUAAAAGAUUAGUUAACAAGUAAAAUUUGUCAUUAUAUUAUUAUUCAUACCAUCUGUAAAUAAUACUAGCAUGAUAUUUCUGAAAAAAUAUUAUUAUGUUGACUCUAAAAAAAAAAGUUGAAGCUGAAUGAACAAAAUUUGUUAAGUAUUCAUUUGUAUUCCAUUUUGUUUGGUUUUUGUAUAAGAUAUCAAUUGAUAUUAGAUACUUUUAUUAUGAGUUGUGCUGCCAAAGUAGAUCUUAGAAUUCACAACAUUCUGCUUUGCUUUUUCUCCUUUUUGGUUUUCCAAAUAAGCAGAAUAUUUGUACUUAACAGAAUUUAUUUUCUCUUUCAUUAUAAUGCUGUAUGCAAGAGCUCCCAUUAGCAAGAAAUACUUAGAAGUCUUAUUAUAACACCUCAUUUGAGCUCAAAUAUUUACCUUACUACAUAUAGAAAAGAGACCAGAGCACAGACAUGUUUAGUUGUGUGCAUGUGCAAAUUUGAUUCUUGGCACAACAGAUAUUAUUGAACCUCUUUAAAUCAGAUGUUCUCAAUACAUGUACUUGUAUGAAAAUAUCUGAAUUCAUACUUGAGAAAAAACAUUACAGAAUUGAUGUUUAAUAUUGACAUUGCAAAGAUUUAAGUGCUUUUUUACCAGAACAAUGGUCUAGGUUCAUUGACACCCAUGUACUUUGAACCUGUCCAGGAGUCUGAAUCAAUCUUCUUUCAUGUCUGUGAUAAAACAUAUGACAAUACAAAUAAAUCCUAGAAAUUUUAAAA